AUGAAAGUCGACGGGAAGACGAGGAAGAAAGCACUAAGAGAAGCGAAUCAAAGAAGGCGAGAUGCGGCGGACCGGACGGGCACGGGAGGCGGACUACCCCAACCAUCCCACCCUAACCCGCACCCUGACAGCACCACAUUAAGUCACCGACUGACGCUACCUGAGACGAACACUUUACGCACAGACAGGAUAACAACCAUGAUUCAUACACAUGAACACCCACAAUGA